AUGGGUCCCCAUGCUCAAAUCAAGGUCUUGCCCGCGACCGAAGCCGAUCUACCUUUCCUGGCCGUCGUCAAGCGUCGAUCGCUCGGUCACUUGCCCAUCAGCAAAGCCAUAUGGGGCAAAGUACCCGACCCUCUCGUCGACGAUUACCGCGUCCGAGAAUUCACCCAAAUGUUGCACAAUGACAAGGUCACGUUGCAAAAAGCCGAAGUCGACGGCAAAAUCGUUGGGAUGGGCGUUUGGCACCAACCUGGAUAUAAGCCCGAUCCCGAGAUCGAGUUUCCUCCCGGCGCGAAUAUCGAGGUCUGCGACGAGUUCUUUGCUUCGAUGGCACUUGACCAUGGGAGACCUGGAUAUCGUAAAUCUACUUUUGCUGCAGUCCGCCUCCCGGUGAUUGACUGACUCUGUUCUCUCUUUGCACCCUUUGAUGCGACAGACUUGGCUGUCCUCGGCGUCCUUCCUGAAUACCAGGGUCGAGCGAUAGGACGAGCUAUCCUGGGGUGGGGCCUGGCACAAGCGGAUGCAUCAAAUCACAGCAUUUUCCUCGAAUCGACCGAAGGUGGGUUUGGUCGGUGAAACGUUUAUGGAGCCGUUGUCACACGAGAGCUGAUCGGGGUGUACGCUCAUCCGUGUACAGACGGGAUCCGCACAUAUCUCAAGAACGGCUUCUACCACAUCCGAGAGUUGUUGGCUUCGGGACCGGAUGGCAAUUUCACUGUAUGUUUGGCUUUAGCUUACCCCUAUGUCUAGACACUGGACUAAUGGCGGUGGUACUCGAACGCAGGUCAAUCCAAUGCAUCGACCCUCACGUUUCGAACUCUCGCCAGAUCCGUCUCGCUUCAGCAUCCAACCCGUAAUGCCCGAAGACCUUGCCCGGAUCGCCGAGAUUCAAUUAUCCUCCGGAACGGCGAACUCUCACUCGAACCAAGAGAUCAUAGCAACGUAUAAGGCGCAACUCAAGGAUGAUCGAGCCUUCAGGAUCUACAAGGCCGUCGAUCGUUUGAGUGGGAACAUCGUUGCGGCCGCGAGUUGGCGAACGCCGUAUGCAUUGCUUCGAGAUGAUUCACCCUCGCCGUUCGGAAAUGGGCGGAUUGGGCUGGUGUCGUUGGUUGUGGACGCGAUGGCGCAGGUCCAAGGGCUCGAGGAGGGAUUGCUUGCAGCAGUAAAUCCGGAAGCUAUGAGGAUGGGAUGGACCAUCGCGUCGACGAAUGGAGCUCAUAAUGACGGCGCGACGCAGAACGGCGGGGCCCGACAUGGUCAAGUAAGCCGACCGGCUUUUCAGGAUCAUGCGUAGACGGAGUAGACAUCUGACGUGUGUUCUAAAACACGGCGGUCAAUUCUAUCAAUUGUUCCAGUGGGUCUACCUCUACCCAGGAUCAAGCACCACCUCUCAUUCACUGCGCACAAUCUCCCCAGCAACCCCUGAAGACUUCUCCGAGAUCGCCCGCGUCCGCCGGCAAGCCUUCGAGCCGUCACUCGUUCAUCAAACGCUAUUUGGAAAAACGGAUCCAGAGGACUUUGAUCGAUGGACGGUGACGCGGUUGCAAAAGUCUUUCCAGGCGCCUCACCAAGCGACUUGGGUUGCGCGAUUGGGGGGCAAGAUUGUUGGGUUUGCCCGGUGGGACUUGCCCCAUGAUCAGAAGGUAUCAGAGAAGGAUGCGAAGAUGGAGGUGGUGGACGAGCGUGGAGAGGUUUCGCCGAAGUACAUACCAGGGACGGAAGCAGAAUUGGCGGAUCAUCUUUUCGGCCAGUUGGGAAAGACCGAGGGAACAACGCAGUGCUAUCGUGCGUGCAGUGGUCUCUCCACACGAGAUGGCAACAAACCAAUGCAGCGUUGCCUGACCCCAUAAAUGUGUUUUUGUUGUCUCACAGAGUUAGGUUCCUUCUGUGUCGACCCCAAGUAUCAAGGUCAGGGGAUCGGAUCCGCGCUUAUCCGAUGGGGUCUAGACCGAGCCGAUGAGGAUGGCCUGCCGUGUUACACCGACGCCAGCGUGGUCGGGCAACCCGCAUACAAGAAAGCCGGAUUUGAGACCUACACUGCGCCUGUCUAUGGGGGUCGGAAUAAAGAGUUGGUGGUAAGUGAGCAUGGGGCCGAAAGAGGGGCUGCGGGGCAACGAGACGGACUCGCUGAUGCGAAUUUACUGCCAUCAAACAGCUUUAUCCGAUGCGACGCCAGCCCCGACGCAAGCCGACAGAGUAGACCUUCUGUAUUAUGA